UGAUUAUAUGACUUUUCUAUCAAAUUUGAAUUCAUUGGAUUCAAUCAACAGAACAGCAAAUAAAACACAAAGAAAAAGAGAGAGAGAGAGAGAGAUAUGUCAGGCCUUAAUAGGACACAUAUCACCAGAAUUAUGAAGGAUUUGGUCGAGUUUUAUAGAGAGACAUCAAAACAGAUUUUUUUGGUCACAGAAGACACCGAUAUUACCAAAAUUCAUGCCAUCAUCUUAGGUCCCGAAGGAACGCCAUACGAAAGCGGAUACUUUUAUUUUCUGUUGACAAUACCAUCCGAUUAUCCGCUGAAACCGCCAAAAGUCAAGUUUAUGACUACCGGUGGCAACAAAGUUCGCUUCAAUCCUAACCUAUACUCUUGCGGUAAGGUAUGUCUGAGUAUUUUGGGCACUUGGAGUGGACCAAAAUGGACAGCUGCUCAGACACUGUUUACAACACUACUGUCCAUUCAGUCGCUGAUGAAUGAGAAGCCCUAUCACAACGAACCGGGACAUGAAGAGAAAUCUAACAGAAAGCGCCACAAAUCGGAUGUCUCGCAGAAAGUCCAGAACUAUAACGAUGUGAUUGCGUUUGAAACGAUGCGGGUGGCAGUCAUUGGGAUGUUAGAUGAAAACAGUACCGAUACUAGAAAUAUGCCUGAAAUGCUCAAAAACAUUAUUGUUGCCCAUUUCAAGACAAACUAUGAAUACUAUGAACGAACUGUCCGAUCGCGGCUACACAUGGAUCACAAGGCAAUGGAAAAUCCGCACGAAAUGUGGUCAGGUUUGAGAAACGGUAAUAAAUUAUUUCAAUAUAAAGACCUACUGAACAAAUUGCAUGCAUUGAAGACACGCUAUGACAUUGUGUGCGACAUAAACGAUGACAACUACAAGUCAUCUACUGCUAAGCCCAGAGCUGGUACGUCAUCGAUGUCCUCUACAGCGCCAGCAGCCGAAGCACCGAAACUGAAGACUAUCGAUGUCCCGCCCAAUGAUCCGCUUAUCAGAGGCUACUACGAUCUGAUCAAUCGUACGACUGGCGGUCUGACCAUUACUGACUUCAGACCCGAUAACCGUAAAAACGAUGACUAUGUUACCGGUAAUGAUGUCGACUGGUAUUACGAUGAAAGUCAAAGUCUCGAUGAAUAUGAAGAAGACAUCGACGACGACGACGACAAAGAAGUGGUAAUUCUGGACAAAUCGUCGGACGACGACAACAGUAACAACAUUAGUAAAACUAUCGACCAAUAGGUCGGUGUUAUUAAAAGAAAGAAAGAUUUUUAUGUGUUUUUUGUUUAUUUUAGUUAUUUUUCA